AUGUCCAAGUCCCGUUACUCUGGAGUAGCCUGGGCUACGAGCGAAGAAUUCGAAAAUGACCACAUCAACAUCAUCACCAACUGGCCUGGUAAGGGUCCCGAAGAAGGCAAAGCUCCAACAGAGCUUUACUAUGACGACGACACGAUGAUGUGGGGAUAUGAUAUCCCUGAUGAUGCAGACCCAAUUCGCUGGUUCAAACUUCUACUCCUCAAAGACGAAGAUCUUGGUCCAGAACUGUGCGCAUCUGAAUUCAUCUUGAGAGGCAAGAGAAUGUUGAAGGACUCUGGAAAGACUGCUAUUGCGCUCGUGGCGGAUUUUCUGCGGGCACUCUUCAAUCAUGCGAUGUAUACCAUUACUAAGGCGAGAGGGGAAGAAGUCGUUGACGCCAUGAGGCUGCACAUAGUCAUCACAGUACCUGCCAUCUGGAAGGGUUAUGCAAGGCAGGCAAUGGAGACAGCCGCGGAGAAGGCAGGAAUCCUCAGUUCACGGGUAGCAGGGAAAACUAGAUUGACUCUGGCACCUGAGCCUGAAGCUGCGGCUUUAUCAACUUUGAGCGAGCCAGGCCGAAAGGUGGGCAAGAACGAUGCGUACAUUAUCUGCGAUGCCGGUGGCGGCACAGUGGAUCUCAUCAGCUACCAAAUCGAUCAGAACAAUCCCAUAUCGAUGCACGAAGCAGUGGAAGGAACAGGUAACGCUAUUCACAUGACUGUGAUUGGAUGA